UGGACCCGGAAGUGCUCUCCGUGCUUGCGCCUCUUGUUUGUGAGUCUAUGGAGAGGAACGGCGAGGCGGGCAUAGGCGGGGCCUGUUGCUGGGGAAAGAGUCUGAGUCUGCCGGCCGGCCGGCGCAUUACGUCAUCCCGGCAUGCUCCGCGCGGCUCCGACUUUCCACACCCCCCCCACCUCAUGUUGUCUCCUCUCUCCCUCUUUCUGAGGUAAAUCCAAGAUGGCGGCCAGCAACUACUACAAACUGAAGGACGCGGCCGUCGUUGGGCCCCAGCGCGGGUUUUUUAGAAGGGGGAUUUUUGGAGGGAUCGGGUGUGAGACGGCCCUCCACGCGUACGCCGGCUGGCCCUCUCGGCCGUCUUGUACAACAGCCUUGCUAGGAUCUAGCCAAGUUCAGGUGAGGAACAGCCUAAAAUCAUCAGAAGAGGUCAAAGAGGUGCAAGCAAUGGGGGCAUCUGAGGCCGAAGAGCUUCCGCUUGGCAGUUCUAGAAAGAGUUUUGGAGACCUGCGUGAUGUGCAGCCAAUGGGCCACAAUUACGUGGAAGAGGAAAGAAUUAUGUCCAGGAAAAGAAAAAUUGAUUCUGAGUGCUGGAUCUUCAAAGAACAGUGGACUUACGAUUACUUUUUCAUGCAGUAUAAGGAAAGAGCUGUUUGCCUGAUCUGCCAUGAUUUAGUGGCUGUGUUCAGGGAAUACAAUUUGCGUCAACACUACGAAACUCGACAUAAAGACAGAUAUGAUUGUUUGGUCGGACAAGCAAGAAAGUACAGAAUAUUAAAACUGAAAAAUGGAUUGAUAAAUCAGCAAAGUGCUCUUGUGAAGCAGGAGCAGCUAAAUAUUUCAUCACUGCGAGCAAAUUUUCAAGUUGCCAAGCUAAUAGCGUGCACUGGCAGACGAUUUGUAGAGGGAGAAUUUGUUAAAGAAUGCCUCCUUUCUGUUGCCAAAGAGAUCUGUCCAGAGAAGGUGGAUUUAUUUAGUACAGUGAGUCUUUCAGAACCUACAAUUACACAAAGGAUUGAAGAAAUGGGAGACAAUUUGCAUCAGCAUUUGCAAAACUCCUCAAAAAAACUUUGCUAUUUUUCGUUGGCACUCGACAAAAGCAAUGAUGUUUGUGAUUCUGCACAACUUCUAAUUUUCAUUCGUGGGACAAAUGAUUAUUUUGAAGUCACAGAGGAGCUUGCUGCACUGAAAAGCAUCGAAGGAACAACAGCAGGAGAGAGUAUCUUUGAAAAGGUUCGCCAAACUAUGAAUGAUUUGGAGCUGGACUGGGCUAAACUAGCCAGUGUGACAACUAAUGCUGGUCCUAGCAUGGCGGGGUGUAUGAAAGGAGUGGUUGCACGCAUUAACAAAGAGAUGGACAAACACAAUCACUCGCAUCCAAUAGCCAUACACUGCCUCAUCCACCAAGAAGCACUGUGUUGUAAAUCACUGAAGUGGGACUCUGUCAUGAAAGUUGUGGUAUCUUGUGUUAACUUCAUUAGGGCACAUGCACUAAACCACAGUCAGUUUCAGGAAUUUCUAUCUGAGCUAAAUGUUGCCUAUGAAGAUAUUUUUUACCACACAGAAGUCCCUUGGCUGAGUCAAGGGAGAGUUUUGAAACGUUUCUAUGACUUACUUCCACAGGUUUCUGCUUUCCUAAUUUCCAAAAACAAAGAAGUACCAGAGCUCAAAGAUGAAGAAUGGAAAUGGCAUCUUGCCUUUCUGACAGAUGUGACAGAGUUACUCAACAAUUUCAGUGAGCAGCUUCAAGGCAAGGGGAAGCUCAUCUGUGAUAUGCUUUCACAUGUGAAGACAUUUGAAGUAAAAUUGAAUCUCCUCAUUAAACAAGUGAAGGAGGAAAACUUUUGCCAUCUCCCUACUGCUCAAAAGCUGUUGGCUGAAAAACCAACAGUUGCAUUCCCAAACAAAAAAUGUGUGGAUUCACUGGAAAUGUUACAAAGGGAGUUUCAAAUGAGAUUUAAAGAGCUGCGUGCACAUGAACAGGACAUACAGCUUUUCCGGAACCCGUUUUCUGUUGACAUUGAAAUCGUGGAUCCAAUUUUCCAAAUGGAACUGGCCGAACUACAAAAUUGUGACUCUCUGAAAGACGCAUUCAAGUCAAGCAGCCUUACUCAUUUCUAUGCAUCUCUCCCCUCUGAGACGUAUCCUCACCUCAGGAACCAUGCACUCAAAAUGGUAACCAUCUUUGGCAGUACCUAUGUCUGUGAACAGACUUUUUCCCGAAUGAAACGUCUGAAGUCCCCAACCCGAUCCAGACUGACUGAUGAACACUUGCAUCACUUGUUACGGCUGGCAGUGACAAAUAUGGAACCGGACAUCGACUAUCUCAUCAGCCAAAAGCAGGCCCACACUUUCCCCUGAAAUACUAUUCUCAGCUCUUGGGUAGAUUCCUAGUUGAAGUGCCCCGUUCAGUAAUCGGAAUCAUGCAGGCUGUGCUCUUCCUGGAUUCCCUGACCGUCUGUGGAAUCCAAAAUUGGAUUUUGAAGAACCAGGCAAGACAGAGUAUUGGCACUUUUGAACUUCAGUGUUGCAGAAGACCAUGGACAGCCAAGAAAACAAUAGGACAAAUCAGGCCAGAAUUCUUACUCAAGUCCACAAUUACUUCAAUUACUUUGCCAAUGUUUUUUUAAACAGUUUUAUGUCUAUAUUUUCACAUUAUAUACAUAAGUGCUUAGUGAACAGCACUUUGUCUGCAUCAAUUUAUUUUUAUACAAUAAUAUUUUCCCGUUCCUAAUUUCUACCUCUACUGUCCAACCAUUUAUAAAACAAGUCCCAUGUUCAAAAAUA